AUGGCAGCGACAAAAGAAGAUGGUGCAGAAGUGAUAUUACAAAUAGAAAAAUCAAAAAAACCAAAAAUCAUCACAGCAAAAAUGACUCCGGAAGAAUAUAAAACCCACCUCGUUCAACUUGCUGACUCUGAUGUGCCAAUAAAGUGUGACAAAUGCUUCGUCACUUUUAAAAACAACGUCGAAAAGGGCUUUCAUUCUGCAAAACACAAUGAAAAACGAUUCUACGAAUGCCACGUUUGUGAAGAUUUUGUACACCGUGACAAACAAAGAUUUGGUAUGCAUAUCAUGGAACACGAAGGUAUCAAAAAGUUCAAAUGUCCAAUUUGUGAAAAACAGUUUAAUAAUAUAAAGCUUGCAUAUGAACACAAGUAUCUACAUAAUAACGAAAAACCCUUCGAAUGCGACAUUUGCGGGAAAAAGUUUGUCUCGUCACAAAUAGCAAGAACCCACAAAAAACUGGUUCACUACGAAAUGCUAAAUGGACAAAAAUCUGAAAAAUACGAUUGUAAAAUAUGCAACAAACACUACACUCACGAUAGGAGCUUGUCAUAUCACAACUUUAGACACCACAAAGAACUACUAUGGAAACAGAAAGGGUGGCAUGGAGUGUGCGAAACUUGUGGCAAGGACUUCUUCUGCAAAUCAGAACUUAAGAAACACUCCGUCGUUCAUUCCAAAGACACGCCCUACGCUUGUGAUCAAUGUCCGAAAAAAUUCUCAAGACCAGACAGCCUUAAAGAACACCAGGUAGUUCACACCGGAGUAAAAAAUGCCAAGUAUGAAUUUGUAGAUAUUGGAACAAUAAAAGAAAAUGAUGUAGAAGUGAUAAUACAAAUAAUAGAAGACCCAAAAAAACCAAAGCGCAAAAGAGCCAAGAGAGACACAACACUAAUAAAGGAAUCAAAAAAACCAAAGCAGCACAAAAGAGGCAUGAAGGACAUAAUACAAAUAGAAGAAUCAAAAAAACCAAGGCAGCUGAAAAGAGGCAUGAAGGACAUCACAGCAAAAAUGACACCGGAAGAAUAUGAAACCUACCUCAUCCAACCUACCGACUCUGAUGUGCCACUAAAGUGUGACAAAUGCUCCGUCACGUUUAAAAACGAAGUCGAAAAGGGCCUUCAUUCUAUAAAACACAAUGAAAAAGGAUUGUAUGAAUGCCACGUUUGUGACUCUUUACACGAGUACAAAAAAUCAUUUGAUAAACAUCUCAGGAACCACCUAGGUAUCAAAAAGUUCAAAUGCCCGAUUUGCGAAAAACAGUUUACUGAAAUAAAGCCUGCGUAUGAACACAAGUAUUUACAUAGUAAAGAAAAACCCUUCGAAUGCGACAUUUGCGGGAAAAAGUUUAGUACGUCAAAUGCAUUAAGAAGCCACAAAAUCGGGGCUCACUACGAAAUCCUAAAUGAUCAUGAAAAAUUUGAGUGUAAAAUAUGCAACAAACAUUACGAUCAUAGUUCCAAGUUGGCACGUCACAACUUUAGACACCACAAAGAACUAUGCAAGCAGAAGCCUGCUUUAUGUGAAACCUGUGGCAAGGACUUCUCCUGCAAAUCAGAACUUAAGAAACACUCCGUGGUUCACUCCAAAGACACGCCCUACGCUUGUGAUCAAUGUCCGAAAAGAUUCUCAAGACCAAUCAACCUUAAGGAACACCUAGUGGUACACACUGGAGAAAAACGGUAUUCUUGUGGUGAGUGUGAGAAGAAGUUUGCCCACUCUUCUUCGCUUCGGAACCACUUAAAGCUGCAUACCGGGGAAAGGCCCCACACUUGUAUGGUGUGUGGCAAAGGCUAUAUUGCUGCUGCGAAUUUGAGGUAUCAUCUUAAUAGCGUUCAUAAAACACAAAUUAGUGUUAACACAAACUAG